AUGGAGGCGCGAUCUGAGGCGCAGAGAAUGGAGGCGCGAUCUGAGGCGCAGAGAAUGGAGGCGCGAUCUGAGGCGAAGAGAAUGGAGGCGCGAUCUGAGGCGAAGAGAAUGGAGGCGCGAUCUGAGGCGAAGGGAAUGGAGGCGCGAUCUGAGGCGAAGGGAAUGGAGGCGCGAUCUGAGGCGAAGGGAAUGGAGGCGCGAUCUGAGGCGAAGGGAAUGGAGGCGCGAUCUGAGGCGAAGGGAAUGGAGGCGCGGCCGGGGGCGCAGGGAAUGGAGGCGCGGCCGGGGGCGCAGGGAAUGGAGGCGCGGCCGGGGGCGCAGGGAAUGGAGGCGCGGCCGGAGGCGCAGGGAAUGGAGGCGCGGCCGGAGGCGCAGGGAAUGGAGGCGCGGCCGGAGGCGCAGGGAAUGGAGGCGCGGCCGGAGGCGCAGGGAAUGGAGGCGCGGCCGGAGGCGCAGGGAAUGGAGGCGCGGCCGGAGGCGCAGGGAAUGGAGGCGCGGCCGGAGGCGCAGGGAUUGGAGGCGCGGCCGGAGGCGCAGGGAAUGGAGGCGCGAUCGGAGGCGCAGGGAAUCGAGGCGCGAUCGGAGGCGCAGGGAAUCGAGGCGCGAUCGGAGGCGCAGGGAAUCGAGGCGCGGUCUGACGGGAAAAGGGCAAUGGGGGAGGGAGGAUGGAAGCCGCUUUGCUUGGUCUGGGGAGAGCAUUCGAUGGUAUGA